GAUUGCAAAACGGAGUGAGGCUUUUGCAGUGCGACCCUGUCCCAUGCUGCUCCCUCCUCUCAGGGGAUGGCCAAGGUCCAGGAUGGACACACGAACGCAUGUGACAGCUCUGCAAUGUUAGAGGAGAGCCAAGAUGGUAUGGACAGUGGUACCCUAAGUCCUGCCUCAGCUCGACAGGUCACCAUCCAACGCCACCCGACUCAAGGCUUCGGCUUCAUUGCAGGCAGCCAGAGGCCUGUCAUUGUACGCUCCGUCUCUGCUGACGGCCCCUCCUUUGGCAAGCUUCUUCCCGGAGACCAGAUCUUGGCCAUUAACGAGGAGACGGUGAGCGACGCGCCCCGAGAGAGAGUCAUAGACCUUGUAAGACGCUGCAAAGACACUAUAGUUCUCACUGUGCUGCAGCCCCAUCAGUCACCUAAGUCUGCCUUCAUAAGUGCAGCCAAAAAGGCCCGCCUGCGAACUAACCCGCCUAAAGUGCGCUUUUCAGAGCAAGUGUCCAUCAGCGACCCAGACUCAACAAUGCUCAAGGACGACUCCUUGCUACUCAUACCAAAUGUGUUGAAGGUGUUCUUGGAGAAUGGACAGAUUAAGUCCUUUACGUUUGACAGCCGUACCACUGUUAGGGAUGUGAUCUCCUCCCUGCAGGACCGCCUCUCACUGCGAUACAUUGAGCACUUUGCCUUAGUACUGGAGGCAGGUGGUCUGGACCAGAAUCAGAGGUUGCAUCUGCUGCAGGAGAACCAGCCUCUGACACAUGUGGUGCACAGAACCUAUUUCCAGGGGAUGAAGUGUCUGUUCCGCAUCUGCUUCUUCCCCAAGGACCCUGCGGACCUGCUGAGAAGGGACCCUGCUGCAUUUGAGUACCUCUACAUACAGAGUCGCAAUGACGUCAUCAAGGAGCGUUUUGGCAUGGACUGGAAAUCUGACGUCACGUUACGUUUGGCUGCGCUCCAUAUCUACAUCACUGUGUCCUCUGCAAGGCCCAAUCAGAAAAUCUCUCUCAAGCAUGUUGAAAAAGAAUGGGGACUAGAGCCUUUCCUACCCCUCACUCUCCUUCCGACAGUCAAGGAGAAGAAUGUGUGUAAGACUCUGUCUCAGUUGCUGAAGACCUACCAACAUCCGCCACCAUCGGGCAACAAGGUCCCUCCUCUCCAAGGAAAGCUGCAGUACAUGCGUGUUCUCAAUGACCUCCCACCUUUUGGAGGAAUAUUGUUCCAAACAGUUGGACUGGAUGAAAAACAAUCAGCUACAACACUACUUGUGGGUCCUCGACAUGGCAUUAGUCACGUGAUUGACCUGAAAAACAACCUCACAACAGUUCUGGCCGAGUUCAGUAGGGUUGCCAAGAUCCAGCUCUACAGAGAGAGCCAAGGAGUGGCUCGUGUGGAGCUGACAAUCCAUGAGGCCAAGCCCCUGGUCCUACUCAUGGAAUGGCCUGAUGCCAGUAACUUUGCGUGCCUCAUCUCUGGCUACUACAAGCUGUUUGUAGACCCUAAACGGACCAUCUACUUCCGAACCCCUGGUCAGUCUCAGCUGACCAAGGCAGAUUACAGAAGCUCCCACCAUGCCCACCCACGCUCUGGGGCAACCAGCUUGCCAAGUGGAGGUCGGAGAGGGGACGAGAGGGAAAGCUCGCACAGGGAGUCAGGGUCUUCAAGGGCCCUAGUUCCGGCAGAGCCUCAGCAUCUAGGACUUUGUCAUGUCCACCUUCAAGAACAACAACAAUUUCAAGACCUCCAAACACAAGCUGAAGCUGAACUUGACAUCAAUGAGAACUUUAUUUCUCAAGAGCCCCGUGGGCGACCUCGCACCAAGUCAGACCCAACCCAGCAGAGUACAGAGGAAAUAGCUGGAGUUUUAGAGAGCCCGGUAGUGGAGAAUGCAGGAUUUAGAAUUCGAGCCCAAACAAUGGGUCAAUCCCAGAAAAACUCACGAUACUUCUGUGACUCGUGCAAAGCCAGGCUGAGGGCAGACGGUCUGUCAGCAGCAGCGAUCAGUAGUGGGAGCUCUGGGAAACACUGCUCUAGUGCUUGUGCCUCCCGAGAUGGCGGCGCUGUUGACCUCAUGGCUCUUCCGCCCCCAGGGAAUGAAGAGGAGGAUGAGGAGGCAGAUGGUGGAGGUGAGAAACUGCAACCACCACCACCUGCUAUUGCUGCCCCACCACCUGGAUUCAGGGACAACAGUUCAGAUGAGGAUGACCCAAAGAGGGGAAGGAAAGCUCGAACCAACGCCAGUCCAGCAGUCGCCUCUGGGAAGCUAGCCCAAGCCAAGGAAGAUGUGCCUGUGACACUGAUUGAUAAUGUGACCACAAGAACAGUCCGAGAUCAUGCCCAGGAGCUUGAUGAUGCUCUGGUGUCCACCUUACAGGCGCUAGAGGCUUUGGCAGCUUCUGAAGACUACCCCCAUCACCCUCAACAGCCAACACAGACUGCAGGGCUGAUUGUCUUAGCGGCCAUUACACCUGAGUCAUCAUUGGACUCAGGCCACGAGACCAACUCCUCUGAGCUGACAGAUGUUUCUGAGAUGGUGUCGGCUAUGAAACAGAACCAGAACCAGGCCUAUCUGCUGGCUCACCAUAUCAACAAGGAACGUAUUCUCUGCCGCCGUGACUUUCCCCUGGCUAUUCCUGGCUGCACUGCAAAAACCAUAGGGACUGGGGCCUUCUCUGUGGGUCAGAUCCGUGCUGGCUGUCCACCCAAGCAAGUAAUCCUCAGCAAGACUGUUCCCUUUAAAGUCAGUCCCAGUCAAGACUCAGCAAUACUCAGUGUUGUGACAGAGCAAGGGGGCAAUCAAGACACUGCUCAGACUGAACAGAAAGCAGAAAUGAAAGCAAACUCUGAGUCCACCAAAGCAAACACCCCUGAGCCCCCUUCUAGGUCACCCGAAGAACUUAAAGUCUCUGACGCUUCACUGACAACUCAAGUCAGUAAAGACCAGAAGUUAUCAAAUUCUUCUGGAGAGACACUGUGCCAAAAUAUUUCUGAGGGUGUAAAGGGGAAAACAACAGCACCUCUUAAUAAAGACCCUUGCAACAAAGCCUUACCAAUCCUCUUGCCUGUGGAUAGAACUGCCUCUGCCAAGAUUUCCCCCACAAAAAUGUGCCAAGAUGCCGAGACUGCCUCUAGCGAGACCAUGAAGCCUUCAAGCUCCACAGAACUUCUGCCAGUAGACGACCUUUUCUGCACAUGCCCAGUACAACAGGAGCCUGGGCCUCAACUAAGACUAAAAGACCCACAGGUUCAGAAGGUAGUGGUGUUUCAAUCUUCCUCCCCCACAGAUGAUGAGCGUCUUCGGGCCAAGGGCCUUCAGCUGGCUAGCAGCAAAGAGAAUGCAGUUAGAGUAGGAGCAGAUACCAGUUUGGCAAAACCCAGCGCUCAAAUACAAACCAAGUACUCCCCUCGUUUACCUGUAAAAGCAGAGAGAAAAGAAGCAGCUGAAAGUAAGACUGAGGGUUCCCAGGCCAAAUCCCACCCUGAGUCACAGAAAUGCUCCAUUAAAUCCUUACCUAUUUUAGAUGAUCCAACAACACCUAGUCCAUCUGUGGAAAUGGUCUCCACUCUCCCAGCCAGAGACUCAAAGAAGCAAGGCAGUGGUAAGGGGAAGUCCCAACGCAGUGCCCCUUUCUUGAGCUUUAGAAACCUUCUUUCAGCCACGUUCCCAGCAAGAAUGAGAAGAGAAACAGAUGAGCGAAGGGCUCAGUUGCAGAAGGUCCGCCAGUAUGAGCUAGAGUUCUUAGAGGAGCUGCUGAAACCCAAGUCAUCCCAGGGAGAAUUUUUGCCCCAGGGAUCUUCACCAGUGCCCUCAGGCACUCCCUGUGCCUGCCAGCUCCGCACCAGCCCUGUCCUGAAGGCACCAGGUAUCUCCAGGGAGCAGAGACGCAGCUGUGACUGUAAGCGAAUGUGCAGGGGCAUGCGACUACCUGAUACACCAGUUGGCUCAACAACAGAGACACAACACAGAGGCAGAGAGAGAACUAUUUCAAAAACCCCUCCAGCAGUCUCCAAAGCCCCUCACACCCAAGGUGCUACAAGGAGACCUCAGACCUUAGAGAUCAAGACCACAAGAAUACGCUCUACCAGCCUUGAGUCAAGAGAGCCAAGGGGAGAGCAGGGCUCCUGCUUGCCCACUUGUACUUCUCAAACAGAUUGCAUGGGAGCUCCACAAUAUAAGAAGCUCCAGAGGCGAUACAGCAUUGGUGAACUGGAUAACAGCACUAGCACACCUGUGUAUGCUGAAGUGAAGCCCAAAGCUAAGAGUCUCGAAAAGGAGAUGGAGAGAGUGAGGGCCACAGGGCUGAGGCUCCCAACCCCAGUAGAACCAGUCCACACUCAAUCUCACCAGGCAGAGGGGAAGGGGAAAAAGGGUGUGUUUUUCAUUCAAGGUGAAGAGUUACUGUGUGAAAGUAAAGAGGGGGCUGGCGAGGUGCUGCUGACCCUGCCCAGUGAAGACAGUGAUGACAAGGAUAAAUGCUGCUCAUUCUGUUUCUGCUACAGGAAGUGUGAUGCAGCAGAUGAAAGCAGCGAGAAGGAUGAGCUCUCAUAUUCCAUACCCCUUCAGGUCCUUCCAGGCAUGGAGCUAGACUCACGCACCUUUCCUGUAGUAAGCAAAACACUCCAGGUUCUUAACGCAGAGGACUGCAGUGGGGAGGAAGAGGAGGAGGAAGAGGAGGAGCCACAGACACAAGAGAUUGACCUGAGAGCCUGUGGUACACUGGAGGGGAGCCUGGCACGGGUACAGGCUCUACAGGGGAAAACAUUCAGCUUACCCGAUGGUUUCCUAAAUGCCCAGUUGGAUGCUAAUGAGUUGCUUGCUAUCCUCCGUCAGUGUGCUAACAGCCCACAAGCUGAGGGUGAGGCUCGUCUUCAGCCCUCACGGAUUGCAGAGUACAAACAGGAACUGGCAGUGCGCUUCAAAGAAUUCAGAGCAUCUUGUCGACGAGUGGCAAGUGUUGAAAAAAGUCCAACACGUAUGCUUGCUGUUGUCUCAGCUAGCUUUCAAGUGUUGUGUGAACUAACUCAAACCUUCAUCAAAUUGGUCAGAGGAGUUCGUUCAGAAGCCCAAAGGCUGCAGUUGUUGAGAAAAGUUGAGGAAGUAGCUAUCAACUACACUUUGCUUCUGCGUGCGGCAGAAGAAUCAAUGGGACACUCCAGCAGCCUGCCAACAAAGACAGUGAGCCCUCAAGUUUCCUCCAACACCAAUAACAUGAGCUCACUUACUCGACCCAUCAAAACUCUGCCUGCCCAGUAA